CAUGGUUGGAUAGGAGGCGGGAAGCAAAAGGAGAGAAUAUAUCUGGCGUGAUUGGAUGAUUGGAAGAUAAAAAAAAAGAUGGCAGCAUAAUUUACUCAGUGGUUUGUUGGGUCCUGGCUAUUAUGCACUCUCUGUUUGAUGCCUGCGAAUGCAUGGAAUGGAUGCAUGUGCCUGAUAUUCGCUAGAUUGACCAUGGGAUGGGAUGGUGUGAAUUUGGAUGAUACGUGCUUUGUCAUUACUAUGGUCAAGCAGAGUUCAAAUUCCGUCGAAUUGUCUGCCAGUUAUAUCCAACAAAGGCGUUUCAUAUUAAUUGAAGCCGUCCAUUGGACAGCACGAACGCGUCAGGGCGAUGUGCUCUUCAUUCCCUUUUCUCGGUGGAAUUCCAUUUGGCGGGUCGCGAUGUUGCCCCUUCAAAAGGACGUUGUCUGCUACAUGUUCAAGUCCGCCCUACGUACAUGUUAUUCCAUAGGAUUCCUCACCUCUUUGAUCCCUGUCAAACAGCCCUACUUAUCGGUCGUUUCUUAUAUAUCGUAUCUUGAGUAGAACACAUGUUUUCACCAUGAUUGUCCCAGUGUAAUUAACCAUCUUCUCUCUUUUGUGUCACCUUCUUAUCUCGUGCAACCCAAUUCCAAACAGCAUCACUGCCGACAAUGCGGACAGGUGUUGUGCCAUGACUGCAGCUCUCGGAGCAUCGCCCUGCCCCAGCUCGGCUACACUAAAGCUGUGCG